UAAGUAAAUGCUGCAUAAUAAGUAAUGAAUUAAUCGCCAAAUAGUUUGAUACUCUGGCUAUUUGCUGAUAACAAAUAAACCAAAUGUUAAUGGGUCAUAGUCCAUCAUUAAAUAUCUUACACCACCCUACAGUUACUCGUAUCUGAACCGUUUUCAUAAGCCUUCGACCUUGGCCCAAAAUCCAGCUCUAUAUUAAAUUUUAUCAAAACAUCGCAGAAGUUGCGGUCUGCAGAUUGAACAUAAGAACGUUUAGUCGGGCAGAUGGACAGAGGAGAUUCGAUAGACUUCAAGUGGUUCUGGGUGCUGCAUAAUAUAUCCUUGUACCACAAGUGGUAUAUGGUAUAAUAAUAAUUUAUGAUCAAUAAAGUUAGAUGAGAAAGAAAUGGUAAAAAAUAGAAGAAAGCGAAACGAUAACGAAUAUGGAUUGAUGGAUAAUAAAAAAAGAUAAAUGGAUAAACAAAAUUUAGCUAGUGAAAAAUCGGUUAAGCGAUUAACUUAUGAUGGCGAAUAAUAACCACUGAGCCGAAAGUCUUAGAAAGCUUUAGUGGUUCAAGACUGUAGGCUUUACUAAUAGUAAUAACAACGGAUAAUGAUAAUGUUGCAUAAUAAGGAAAAGCAUAACGGAUAAGCAAAUGAUAUACGUAAAGCCAUUAUGGAUAACUGAAAUAGUUGAUUACCACAUACCACAGCAUUUAGCUAAAAGAUUAUCCGUAAAUGAAUUAGGAAAUAAUUGAUAUACGGAUCAUGAAUAACUGAAAAUUAAAAAAAUAGUAUAAUGCUAAAAGAACCCUUGAUCACUGUGCACUACAACCUCUUUCAACCAAAUGUAGCAAUCACUGCGAAUCUAGUAUUAAAUUAAAAAAAAAUGAAGCUUCUCUGAAUAACAGAUAGACCAAUGGAUAAUAAAAAAUUGAAUAAAAGAUAAAUGGAUAAGUGGAUAAACAAAAACUGGAUAAUGACUUACCCGACAAGGGAUCAACUUAUGAUAGAUAAAAAUAAUGUUGCGUACCGGAUAAGCAAAUAUUAUAUAAAGACACUAUGAGUAUGACACACAACUGUAGAAGCAGUUGCUUAAGAGAUAAUACCUAAGCGAAUUAAGGACUAAUGGAUAACUUGAUAAUAAAUAGGCGGAUAAUGGAUGAAAUGUUCACGUAUAUGGUUACAAUAUAGAGGUACAUACUAUGUAUCUGGAUAAUGAAUAACUAUACAGAGGGAGGUCCAUUAAUGGAUAACUGAUAAUAGAUAACUGAACAAAAGGCGCAGAGAUUGCGACUAACCAAACUGAUGUGAGAGUAAAUAACGGAUACUUUAGGAACCUAUAUAGUAUAUUAAUAAAGGCAAAGUGACUUAAAUAUUUCACAUUACUCAGUAAACAACUAAGGAAACUACUGCGUUUAAAAGACUGUCGAAAAAUUCUCUUUUAGCAAAAAAACAAGAAAAAACUUUCGAAACAAAUAUUUGACUUUCAUUGUCAGAAAAGUGCUAUCACACAAAAGUAUAUUUAUGCUUUCGUCUUUUCUGAGUUCGACGGGACGAUUACUAAAGUUUAAAUAUAAAAGUAUAAUCUAUCACAAGUUUUUGUUUUAUUAAUUUUAUUAAACUGAAUAUAUUGCAUGCAUGCAGCAAUCCGCUGUUCUUAACGAGAAAGAGAACGUAAAGCGAUACUGUUGGGUGCUGAUUAUAAAAGUAUGACUAUUUCAAGUGGAAGUCCUAUCUGGAAGCAAUACGAAACUGUACGGAUUUUUAAAAACUGUUUAGAUAUCUGCAAUAUUUCAAACAAACCUAAUGGAUUUGAAUACACUAGUGCAGGAGGCUCAACGUCUGAAUAAUGAAACGCAAUACACCGAGGAAUUACCACGUGCGAACCGUACGAUUUCUCAUGUACUGCAAGCGACCAACGAAUUGCACACGAGAGUAACGCAGAGUGAAGCAUCAGAUUUACAAGCGCAAAUGUUAUUGGGAUCCAAGGGUAUUGAUUUGCCUAAAAUUUCACAGAAAUUAGAAUCGUUAAAUGCUCGAAACCUUCUGGUGACCUUAGAUCCUAUAUCUGAGACAGAUGUGCCAAAUUUCUUAAAAAAUGAGAAAGAAAAUGUUAUAUUAUCCAUUUUAGAAGAAGUCAAUAGAAACGCUUUUCAAUCGACUCAAAAACGGAAAUGGGAACAACUCAAAGCCAAAUGGCGUGAAGAUAAAGUGCGGAUAAUGAAUGCCUUGAGGGGACCAACACAAAAUUGGGUUCAUGUAGAAAAAUUACCCGAGCAAACGGUAAUUAACGAAACCGUUGGCUUGCGAUCAUGUUUAAAUAACGUCGAAAUAGCUUAUGCCCAGGAGGUUUAUGACUAUAAUGUUAAGGUUAUUAAAGGCGCUUUGCGGCCAAAUUUAGUGCAAAAAUUUUCCGAAGUAGCUAAAAAUUUCCAGGAUACCAACGUUUGCGAUAUCUGGGAAAUUAUGAAAUAUAUGGUAGACGUAACGCCAGUGCCUCGCCAUCGUGAUCCCCUGCAAAGUCGCACCCAAAUCAAACAAUUUGUCGAACAAGCCAAAAAGUAUUUAGAAGAUCGUUAUAAACUUUACAUGUCUACCAUCCUAAGUAGUAAUUUGCGGGAAGCUCAACGUGGUGGCAUACCUGGUACAUUCAAUUUAGUAUCUGCUUUCGUGGAACUUAACUUUAAUAAAAGCAAUUGCUUUUGUCUACAGGAUGUUAACACAGACGGAAGACCUUUGUGGCCCAUGGUUUAUUAUUGUUUGCGAUGUGGAGACAUGCAAUCUGCUCUACGUUGUCUGCUAAUGGGAGGAGCUGGCCAUGAAGAUUUUAUACAGCUCUUGAAAGAUAAAAUUAAUAAGCCCGGACAACAAAUCAAUAGCAAAUUAGAAGGACAACUUAAAUUACAUUAUUUUAAUAAAAUCAAAACUAGUAUAGAUCCGUAUAAGAAAGCGGUUUAUUGCAUUGUAAUCGGAUGCGACAUUAAUGACCAACACGUAGAAGUUGCAAGAACAACUGACGAUUUCGUAUGGAUACAACUAUCCAUUCUGCGUCAUGAGGCUGCUGAAAACGUUGAAUCAUUGACCUACUCCGGUCUUCAAUUUAUGAUUCUAGAAAAGUAUGGUGAGAAACAUUUCAAUGCAAAUGAACAACAGCACUUAUACUUUAAAGUACUGUCUCUGACCGGCCAGUUUGAAGCUGCUAUAGAAUUUUUAGCGCGUUCAGAAAAAUAUCGCGCACAUGCUGUCCAUAUAGGCUUAGCAUUAAAUGAAAUGAUGCUAAUACAGGGACCACGUAGUGUUGAAGAACCGUUACUGUCUGUCGAUAUUAAGGAUUCGGUGCCGAAGCGUCGUUUAAAUUUGGCUCGAUUAAUUAUGCUUUACGUCAAAAAGUUUGAAAUGACUGAUCCCGCUGAAACAUUGCAAUACUACUACUUCCUACGCAAUCUUAACGAUUCUGAUGGGCGCAAUCUUUUCCUUGUGUGCGUCAGCCGCUUGGCAAUAGAGUGUCGCAAUUAUGAUUUAUUAUUUGGCAAAAUGAUGCCAAACGGCGUACCCAGUGGGGGAUUAUUACAGCAAUUUGAUUGCGUAAAUUUUGACAGUCGAACUGUGGCUAAAAUAGUCGCUGAUGAAUUAGUCCGGAAAGGAAUGUUUGAAGAUGCUAUUAAACUGUACGAUUUAGCUAAUAUGCAAAGUUACUCUUUACGUUACCUAUCUUUGUUGCUAUCCCAAGUUGUUCAUCAGACCUCGAAAAAAGGAUCACUGCGUGAACGUUUGGCCAGCUUGGUCACUGAGUAUAGCGAACGUUUACGUGGCAGCCGUAUGGAAUGUGAAGCUCAAAUAGUUGUCACCUUUAAUUUAUUAAAUGAGUUGAUCUCAUUUUUCGAUCACUAUCAUGAUUGUAAAUACCAAUUGGCUUUAGAGAUAUUAGAAAAAACAAAGCUGGUACCAUUUUCUGUGGGAGAAUUAGAAGAAAGCCUUAACAUUUUCAAAGGUUUAGGAACCGAAAUAUGUAAAGUUUAUCCUGAUAUUCUGUUAGCUAAAAUGGAUAUUUUGUACUCUCAAUAUAAAAUGUUAAAGAGGAAAGACACUGGUAUUUUAAACAGCGGAAGUGAUACCAGAUUACAGCAUUUACGUCAACAAGCUAAAGCCAUAACCAAUAUGGCCGCUGCUAUUCCAUAUCGCAUGCCCGGUGACACUAAUAGACGUCUAAUGCAAACUGAAAUCUUAAUGAAUUAA